AACAGAGAGUGAACAUGACACUGAUUCUAGUUAUGAAGACAGUGAUGAUGAUGAGUUGGAUCUUCCUCAAAAUGUGGAGACUUGCCUGCAGAUGAAUUUGGUCUAUCAGGAGGUGUUGAAAGAGAAACUAGCUGAGCUGGAACAACUCCUCAAUGAGAACCAACAGCAGCAGAAAGAGAUUGAGGCCCAGAUCUCUGGUCCAAGCGCUUCUAGCUCCUCCUUACCAGGAAUUCCCCCUCAGAAACAAUUUCUUGGAUACUUCAUGAAGCCUUACUUCAAAGACAAACUCACCGGUCUGGGCCCUCCAGCAAAUGAAGAAACCAAAGCAAGGCUGAGUCAUGGUACCAGACCCAUUGAUGAGCUGAAAAUAAAAAGAUGGGACGGUUGGCAGAAAACUUUGCUGACCAAUGCAGUCGCCAAAGACACUAUGAAACGGAUGCUACAACCCAAAUUAUCCAAGCUGGACUAUCUGAGUGCCAAGAUGUCUAGAGCUGCUGAUGAGGGAAAAGAAGAACUGAAAAAACAAAUAGAUUUAAUUGAGAAAGAAAUUGUAGAAAUAAGUGCCCUGAAAGACGAUCAGCUGCUGGGUAAUCGCCAUGACGAUCAUGACUGGGAGAAAAUAUCAAAUAUUGAUUUUGAAGCGUUGCGACAGGCUGAGGAUUUGAACAGGUUCUGGCAGAACUAUUUACACCCCUCCAUUGACAAGUCAGUAUGGAAACGGGACGAGAUUGUUAAACUGAAAGGAAUUGUAGAAGAGUACAAUUGCUGCCAUUGGGACAAAAUCGCAGAGGCUCUUGGGACUUACCAGCGCUACAUUUCAAAGACCUUCAGAAGGAAAGAAUGGACAAAAGUGGAAGAUGAGAUCCUCAGAAAACUGGUUGAAAAAAUGAGAAUUGGCAACUUCAUUCCUUACAUACAGAUGUCAUACUUCAUGGAGGGCCGUGAUGGAUCACAGCUGGCAUAUCGCUGGACGUCCGUUUUGGAUCCUUCUUUAAAGAAAGGCCCCUGGUCCAAAGAGGAGGACCAAUUGUUGCGGAAUGCUGUCGCAAAAUAUGGCACCAAAGAAUGGGGAAAAAUCAGAUUGGAAGUGCCAGGCAGGACCGACGGUGCUUGUCGUGACAGGUAUUUGGAUUGUCUUCAGGAAAAUGUGAAAAAGGGUCCUUGGAGCAAAGAGGAGGUGGAACUACUAAAAGAAAAGGUUGAGAAAUAUGGCGUUGGCAAGUGGAGUAAGAUUGCCUCAGAGAUCCCAAACCGGAUUGACUGCCAAUGCCUACACAAGUGGAAAUUACUAACACAAGCUAGUACAAGUAAAGAGCAUCAGAGUAAAGGCAUAAAAAGAAAAAGGAGGCCAACAACAGUGCCAGGAAAAAGAAAAAGACAAAAAGUAUUGAAAAAAAACAUUAAACAAGAGAUGAUCACCAGCUCCGAGGACGAAAACCAGAUAAAUAAUAUGGACAGUGAUGUUGAAUCAGAUGUUCCCAAAGAUCUGGAAAUACCACAAAAUCGGGAAAUACCACGAAAGGACUACGUACAGCCAGAUAUGAAGGAAUGGAUACCUGUAAAUGCAAACACAGUGGUUCAUUCUCUAGGAACUGUCAGGACUGUGUGGGUCUGUCCUCCUACCAUCGAGGAUGAGCUAGAAGAAUCCACUAAAAAAUCUGUCUUCGGCCGCAUUCGAUCACAGAAGAGCAAAUGUCCAAAAGUCAUGCUCAGUUUCGUGCGCAAUACUGUCCUGAACCGCUUUGGAAACGUGGAAAGAACUUAUGUAGGUUUAAAACCUACUGUCUUGCAGAGUCAGACUGACGAUGAGAAGGCCAUGCUCAAGGUGUCUCUGAGUGAUAUUAAACACUUCUUACAGUGGAAGGGAGCAUCUGUAAUUAAGAAGGAGAAAAUGACAAGUCCAAUAAAUAUAAAGAAAAGAAGGCCGGUUCAGGACAUGGCUAGCCUUAAUAAUGACCUCCUUAAAGCCAUCACCCCGUGGAUUGGUAAUGUGAUCCUGCCUGCUCCAGCGAAUGAAGAUGCAUUUUGCAAAGGUGAUAUUGUUGGAAUGAAAGCAGCAGACAUCACUCUUCCAAAAACAUCAGUGUUUUCAUUUUUCCUCAAAGCUUUUCAAAUAGAUGUCAAGGGUUGCAAGAAUGUCUUUGAAAUUCAGCAAAAGAUCGACAUUAAGAAGCCAAUUGCUCAAUCUAAACCGAGAACAGUGUCAGCGAUGCUUAAGGAGGCAAAACAGAAAGCUGAGCACAAGAAACCUGCAGAACCUCCUCAGCAUCCACCUCCCCUGCAGCCGGUUCUUCUUAACAUUCCCCAGCAGCCAGUCAUGCAGAUGACAACCCCUGCUUUGAUUCAUCCCAAAACUCUUGUCAUUACACAGCCAAACAAGCAGAGGGCAGUGCAGCCUUUAAUGCUUACGAAACAGAAAAUAUCUCUACUACCACAGUCACCACCACAAGCUAUAUCACAGAUUCCUCUACCACUAAUACAGCAGACAGCACCUGCACAACCUGUCAUGGCCUCAACCCCCAAAUCACCAAGUGUAGAGGACUCAAACAGCGACAGAUCUACAAAACGCAUCCACAAACCUACUGAGAAAGUCCCAGCCCUAAUGGAAGAAGCUAAAGCUAAAGGUAGCAAAAAAAAGUCGCUGAAACGAAACCAAGGCAAACAGAAUGUUGUUUUUCAGACCAUUACAUUGCAGACGCAGCCAGUAAACUGGAUUCUUGCCCCCACCAAGUUGGUACAAGUAACCGGUCCACUUUCUGCUAAUAUCCCAAGCAACCAGACACUAACUGUGCCAAACAUUUCCCCCCUGAAUAGCAGUAUUCAUCCAUGUAUCUCAACCAAUCUAUACCCAUCAUCAUCUGCCCUGGUUGUUGCUGCUUCUUCUGUCAAUCCUGCCCUUAUAUGUUCUUCAGUCACUAAUGCCUCCAGAGAUACCCUAAAGACUUCCUCCUCUGUGAACAUUAGCCCCAAAGGCAUCCAUAUGCCUCUUUCACCUACUUCGACCUUAGUACAGAGCAAAAGUGUGCUACAUAGUGUUCAGAUGUUAUCUCCAGCACCUAAAGAGGACCAGAAAGGUUCACACAUUGAAGCUAUGAAGAACUCCUCAGAUUCCUCUUCUGAUGAAUCCAUUGUAAAGCAAUAUCAGACAUCUACAUCAACUGGUUCCAGAGUAUCUCCUGCUGUUUUCAGUGUUCUUCCAGUUCCCUUGACUGUGGCACCUUUUGCUAGUGCACCAGUCGCAUCCAAGCCAACAAAUAAUGUUGCAGUGGCAAAGUCUCCUGGUGUUAAUGAAAAUGGCUGCGUUCCUGUAAGAACUAUUCAGCUGCCAACCAUCAUCCAACAGAAAAGUUUGCCCGACACAAUAUUGAGCCCCCUUUCUACUUCUAGAAGACCGCUCCGACCAAUUGCUCCUUCACCUCAGUUUAUAGCUCAAUAUCCUAAUAUUGUGGCUCCAUUAGCUCAGAUUGUGGCUCUGUCACCUCAGAUUGUGGCUCCUUCACCUCGGAUUGUGGCUCCACCAACUCAGAUUGUGGCUACCUCACCUCGGAUUGUGGCUGCACCAACUCAGAUUGUGGCUCCUUCACCUCGGAUUGUGGCUCCACCAACUCAGAUUGUGGCUCCCUCACCUCGGAUUGUGGCUCCCUCACCUCGGAUUGUGGCUCCAUCACCUCAGUUUGUGGCUCCAACAACUCGGAUUGUUGCUCCAUCACCUUGGAUUGUGGCUCCACCUCCUCAGAUUGUGGCUUCAUCACCUCAGAUUGCAGCUCCACCACCUCAAAUUGUGGCUCCAUCAGAAGUACCUCAAAUCAUAACAUCAAGUGAACCAUUGAUCCCUCUUCCUGAUAUUCCCUCUGAUGUUGUUAGCUUUAAUCCCCACUUGAUAUUCCCUGAGCAGUCAUCUGAAGUAGAUGACUGGAUGAAUGGAAAAGGUGGAAUUCCACUACCUCAUUUAGAGAUGUCUUUGCCUUACCUUCCACCGUCUGCCGCCAGCAUCGAAACACUGACUUCUUUGCUCAAAGUUAAACAAUCACUGCUUGCAGCUGCAGUGAAUAUCCUGCCAGAUGAAUAUCAAAAUUACAGAGAGGAAGAAGAUCAAGUAGCUGCCAUCCGCAAAAUGAUUGCUGAAAGGUUUGCCUCAAAUCCAGCAUACCUGCUUUUGAAGGCUCGUUUCUUGUCAUGCUUUACCUUACCAGCCCUUUUGGCCACUAUAAACCCUUCUGAGAAAUGUCAGUUGCCUACAGAUAACAAUGGUGAUGAUGCUGAGGUCUUGUAUUUACAAAAGAGAAAAAAAAGGAUUCAACCACCAGCUACCAGGGCUGAGCUUAACACAAAUGAAAACGAAGCGUCAGCAAACCAUUUCUCAGGAAUCAGGACAAAAAGAAAAGGAGUCGACGUUGAGUUACAUAAGGUUCAUCAGCUGAAUGAAUGCCAGUAGCUUCAGAUUUUGUACAGUUCAAGAUUAAUGUAGAAAUGUGUACCACUACAAAAAAUUCAACGUUCGAGUUAAAGGGACCAGUCAGAUAUUCAUUGCACUCAUUUCUUUUACUCCAUCCAUAUGCUUUGUUUAAGAACACUUAGUGUGUCCUGACAAUUUUCUUGAAAGAAUAAGACUCAGAAGU